UAUAAAGAACGGUCGCAGGUUUUGGGUUUGGCUAGUCUAGAGAAAAGAAGGACUAGGGGAGACAUGUAGCAGUAUUCCAGUAUUUGAGAGGUUGCCACAUAGAGGAAGGGGUAAACUUAUUUUCCAAGCACCAGAAGGCAGGACAAGAAACAAUGGAUGGAAAUUAAUCAAGGAGAGCAGCAACCUGGAUUCCCUAACAAUGAGGACAAUUAACCAGCUUGCUUCCAGAAGUUAUGGGUGCUUCAUCAGUGUAGGUUUUUAAGAAGAGACAAGACAGUUACUUGUCUGAAAUGGUAUAAGAUCUCCUGCUUGAGCAGGGGGCUGGACUAGAAGACCUCCAAGGUCCCUUCCAGCUCUAUUCUGAUUCUGGUCUACAGUGGUCAGGAUUCCCAGCCAGAAGGACAUGCAUCUGACUACAGCUGCUGCUAAACCAGUGAAAACAUCCCAAGUUCACUUUCUCAUCAUCAUUCUCUGUGGACAAGGCCCUCUCGAGACCUUAAAUAAUGAAAAUACAAUGUCAGAUUUAUUUUACUGUUGAACGCUUCAUAACGGAGAAGUUGGGUGGACUUGCAGAGAAAUCUUCCAAAUCAGAGCUGAAGAAGGAAUCCUAUUCACCCUUGAUUUAAAGGAAGUCUUAAUCUUGAGUUUAGGAGAAGGAACAGAGUGGAAAAGCAAAAUUUCUGGACAGAUGAAAUUAGCAUGACAGAUGUCAUCCUGGGAUAUGUCUGAAUUUGUGAGGCACAACCCUUUAGAUCAAGUCAACCGUACCAGGGUGACGACGGGCUUCGUCCUCCUGGGCUUCCCAUCCCUUCCGCCCUCAUUCCAGCUGCUGCUGUGCUCCCUCCUUGCCAUUUGUUAUGUCUUCACCUUGGUGGGGAAUCUUUGCAUCGUAUGGGCUGUUCUCUUGGACUCUCGACUCAGCCGCCUGCCCAUGUAUAUCCUCCUGGGAAACUUUUCUGGCCUAGAGAUGUGCUAUGUAACUACCACAGUACCCAGGAUGCUCUUCGAUCUGACCUCUCCGCUAUCAGAUGCCAUUUCUUUCCACGGCUGUUUCCUCCAGUUCUAUUUUUUCUUUUCUAUGGGAACCACCGAAAGCUUCCUUCUUGCGGCAAUGGCCUUAGACCGAUACUUGGCCAUCUGCCACCCAUUGCGAUACCCAGUGCUCAUGUCUCCAAGGUUCUGCUGCAUCCUGGCUGCUUCCUGCUGGUCCUCUGGCUUUCUCUGGUUUCUGGCACCCAUCAUUUUGAUUUCCCAGCUCCAUUUCUGUGGCUCCAACAUCCUCGACCACUUUAUCUGUGAUCCAGGACCACUCUUGGCUUCGUCCUGCACUCCAGCCCUCAGCACAGAACUGGCCUUCUACAGCCUCAGCUCCACUGCUAUUUUUGGCCCCUUCCUCUUCAUUGUUUGCUCCUACAUUACUCUUCUCCGGACAGUAAUGAGGUUGCCUUCAAGCACUGGGAGACAGAAGGCAUUUUCCACUUGUAGCUCACAUAUGCUGGUGGUAAGCCUCUUCUAUGGCUCCAUCAUGGUCACUUAUGUAGCCCCCGAAGCUUCAGGAGGAAGCAACAAAGUGGUGACACUUUUCUACUCGGUAUUGACCCCUUUGCUCAACCCACUCAUCUACAGCUUGAGGAACAAGGAGAUGAAAGAUGCUAUAAAAAGGACACUAUUCCGGGAAAAUUAGGGACUGCGAUUCAUGGAUGGUUGGUCUUGACCUUGGUCAAGAAUUCAUGGCUCUUCCCUUUCUCUAGGAUCGUUUAAAUUUAGAAUUACAUCAAUGUUAUUUAUUUUCAUGUAUAAAAAUAAGCAAAACACUUAGGGACUAAAGUGUGUUCUUAGUUUAAUUACUAUUAUGGGAUGUACAAGGAUAUGAUGGUUGAAGAGCAGAAGUGUCAAUUUUAUUUGAGGUAUUGUUUGGUACAGGACUUUAUCUUGUCCACAGUUUCUUUUAUUCCUCAUAAUUUUCACAUUCUCCAUCUCUAUCUCUUUGCUAUCGAGUAGAGAAAAUAUUUUACAAUGUCCAUUUAAUAAUAUUGCUAUUAAUUAAUUAGAUUGAAGCCAAGCAACCAUUGGGUUUCUACCAGUUUGCCCCAGUUUGGGUGAACUGGUAGUGGCGGUGGCGCGACGCUCCACCCCUCCAUCUGGACAUCAUUAUGGAAGCUCUGCACAUGCACAGAAGUGUCAUGCAUGAGUGAAGUGAGCGCACAUACCAGUGAUGGGUUGCUCUUGGUUCUGUCCAGUUCUUGAGAACCGGUAGUAAAAACGGCGGGAGGCUCUGCCCACCUGCCCUGACAUCAUAUUUGGUGAACUGCACAUGUACAGAAGCAUGAGCUCCCAUUGCAAACUGGUUGUAAAGGUAGGUAGAACCCACCCCUGGUGCGCACAUGCAUGGUCACACUUCUGAACCAGUAGCAAAGGUA